GGUUCUAUUCUGAGCCUCGGCGGUGGUCUCGGCUGUCAGUUCACCGCCACGCGUGCCCCCUGCGCCCUACGCAAAGUGCAGAGGCCAGGAAGGUGUAGAAACAACGUAGCCUCCUGUCUCUUGGGAUAUCUAGAAUUAGACUCGGUCACGUUUUAUUGGGGGGAGUUGGGGGAAAAGCUCCAUGGAGGAAGCAACAGAUGGACAGGUCUUCUAUUGGAAAGAAGGAAGGAAUCAAUUAGAAUGGGCGUUCCGAGUAAAGACACCUGCUUGAGCAAGAACAAACUGGUUUGAGUAUUUGUACAACAGGGAGUUUUAGGCGCUAAGCUAUGAAAGAUAGGUGGGCGCCGUGUUGUGGAGGGUGUUGAGUACCGGGCAGAGGAAUUUUGACCUAAUUCAGGGAUCUGUUGAGAGCCAGCCAUUGGAGGUGUUGCAGUAGGGAGAGUAAUAGGAUUGAAGCAGAUUUAGGAAGGAAGUUCUGGGUCCUUGUGUAGCAAUUUGGUGAAGCAUUAAGAUGACAUUUCAAGAACUAAAAUUAAUCUUAAGGAGGCAGUUUAGUUGGGAGGUAAUAAAGGGCUAAAAAGGACAUUAACAAUUGAACAUGUAAAGGACAGGGUAUUUCAAGGUCAUUAAUCAUGGUGAUAAGGCAUGAGAUUAGUGACAGGUCAGUGGAAGAAAAUAGCUUCUUCGUUCCCUGUUAAUUCUGGCCAGUGGGCUCCUUUCUAUCUCAGCUACUCCCAGGGACCACAAAAAUUCUUUCCGUCAUCCUGAUGAGACACUGACUACAUUGCUUUCUCAUGUUUAAACAAUCUUCAGACCUAGUCCUCUGGCAGGAAAUGAGAUACGAACAGGAUAAUCAAGGGCAAAAUGGAAAGAGGGGCCUGAAGUGUCGGCUCUUGCCUUCUAGCCCCUCCCUCCACCCCACAGAGAAUAUUGAAAACACAGUAGCACUCACCUAUCCUUCCUGCACCCUGCUUCUGCAGUGGUUUUGGGGGAGGGGGGGACAAGGGUGAGGAUGGAUUGCAGAGUCUGGUUUCUAAACUGAUCUUGUGUUUUGUCCCAUUUCCACUACCCCCACCCCCAGGUUUUGAAAAUGCCUCAGAGCCUGUAAGUUCAGUGUUUCCCUCUCAAGAUGCCCCUCUCAGACUUUAUUCUCGCCCUAAAGGACAAUCCCUACUUUGGGGCUGGCUUUGGGCUUGUGGGUGUGGGCACAGCCCUGGCCCUGGCCCGGAAGGGUGCCCAGCUGGGCCUGGUGGCAUUCCGGCGUCAUUACAUGAUCACGCUGGAAGUCCCUGCUCGAGACCGAAGCUACGCCUGGUUGCUUAGUUGGCUCACCCAGCAUAGUACCCGUACUCAGCACCUCAGUGUUGAGACUUCAUACCUUCAGCAUGAGAGUGGGCGCAUCUCCACCAAGUUUGAAUUUGUCCCCAGCCCUGGAAACCACUUUAUCUGGUAUCAGGGGAAAUGGAUCCGAGUGGAACGAAGCCGAGAGAUGCAGAUGAUAGACCUGCAGACAGGAACCCCUUGGGAAUCUGUCACCUUCACAGCUCUGGGCACUGACCGAAAGGUCUUCUUCAACAUCCUGGAGGAAGCUCGAGAGCUGGCCUUGCAGCAGGAGGAAGGGAAGACGGUGAUGUACACAGCCAUGGGCUCUGAGUGGCGUCCUUUUGGCUAUCCACGCCGCCGCCGGCCACUGAAUUCUGUGGUUCUAGAACAGGGUCUGGCCAACCGAAUUGUCAGAGAUGUCCGGGAAUUCAUUGAUAAUCCCAAGUGGUACACUGACAGAGGCAUUCCCUACAGACGUGGCUACCUGCUUUAUGGGCCCCCUGGUUGUGGAAAAAGCAGUUUUAUCACAGCCCUGGCGGGGGAACUGGAGCACAGCAUCUGCCUGCUGAGCCUCACGGACUCCAGCCUCUCUGAUGACCGGCUCAACCACCUGCUGAGUGUGGCCCCGCAGCAGAGCCUGGUGCUCCUGGAGGACGUGGACGCAGCCUUUCUUAGCCGGGACCUAGCUGCAGAGAACCCAGUCAAGUACCAAGGUCUAGGUCGCCUUACCUUCAGCGGACUGCUCAAUGCCUUGGAUGGCGUGGCGUCCACGGAGGCCCGCAUCGUGUUCAUGACUACCAACCAUGUUGACAGGCUGGACCCUGCCCUGAUACGCCCCGGACGAGUAGACAUGAAGGAGUAUGUGGGCUACUGUUCACACUGGCAGCUGACCCAGAUGUUCCAGAGGUUCUAUCCAGGGCAAGCACCUUCCUUGGCUGAGGCCUUUGCAGGACGUGUCCUUCAGGUUACGACUCACAUCAGUCCCGCCCAGGUACAGGGCUACUUCAUGCUGUAUAAGAAUGACCCUGCAGGGGCGAUUCACAAUGCUGAGUCUCUGAGGACAUGACGCACAGGCUGUGCUCGGCUCUCCCCCUUGGGAGCAAUAAACACCUGCCACAGCACUCUGGUUUCUAACCUCCCUGGAUGGGUACUUAAGUAAAAAGCAGGGGCCCUCAGGCAUCCACAGAGGCAAGUGCUGGGGACAGAAGCUAAGGCCAAGUUGGAAGAGACACUAUGGUAAACAGGGAAGUGUAGUCUUCCAUUUAGAUGCAUUCAAUUUUUUAAAAAAUGUGGAUGUAUACGAAGGG